AUGAUUCUUCUAAUAGACUCAUAUGAUUCAUUCACUAAUAAUUUAGCUCAAUUGAUCAAAGAUACGACCAGUCAAGAGGUAAUUAUUGUUCACAAUGACGCAUUUCAACCUAAUGAAUACGAAUCAUUUUACACCCAAAUCAAACAGUUUUUUCAGUAUAUAGUAGUAGGACCCGGGCCAGGGCACCCAUCUAACGCACAAGAUGUUGGAAUAAUAAGUUGGUUGCUACGCAGAAUUGCCGAUGACGCCGUUGAUAUUCCAAUUUUGGGAAUAUGUUUAGGGUUUCAGAGCAUCUGUCACGAAUUCGGAAACAAGGUUGACAGGUUAAAGCAAGUCAAGCAUGGACAAAUCUACGAUAUUUAUCCUAUUGGAGAAAACAAGUUGUUCUCCGGUGUGAGCAAAUUUCCCAGUGUGAGAUAUCACUCGUUGUUUGUCGAUGUAAAAACAUUAAAUGAAGAGAUAGAACCUUUAGCCUACUGUGUUGAGCAGGACAGAUAUGGCGUGAAUGAUGUCCGAAUAUUGAUGGCAAUGAAGCAUAGAAAUCACCCAUUCUAUGGUGUACAAUACCAUCCUGAGUCAAUUUGCUCCGAAAGUGGAAAACAGUUGAUUCUCAAUUUUUCCAAAAUUGCUGAUGAGUGUAAUUCAGUUAACAGAAAGUGUUUGCCAACUUUAGAGGUUGGAGAGUUUAAAGGUCUUAGUAAUCAUGAAAUUCAUGAGAUAAGUUUAGUAGACGAAAAUGCACAGACCUGCCAACUCGACAACAUCAAUUUUGAGAAAAUCAAUAUGCCAGAGAACAUAGCUGCCAUUGAUGUUUGUGACCACUUUUAUCAAAAGGAGAACGAAGCCAACUUUGUCUUGAUGAAUUCUGCCUCCAUCCCAGGCGAAUGGUCGAUAAUUGGAUUUCCCAUCCCUGGUGAAAGUGAUGUGAUUACUCAUUCGAUUGAUAACAUGGAUCAGAUUCUGUUGUCAAAGUAUCAAUCCGAUGAGAAGGAGAAAAUCAGGGUUGAUGGGCAUGAUGGUGCUUGGAAAUACGUUGCAAAUGCAAUGCAAAAACAGUACAUUCCAAGAAAUGUAAUUAAACUGAGGAUACAAGACUAUCCUGAUAGGGAGAUUCCAUUCUUUGCCGGAUACAUGGGUCUAGUUUCAUAUGAAGAGGGCCAACACUUGGUGUUUGAAAAGAUCACACCGGUUUGUGAUGAUACACCAGACCUCAAACUUGUAUAUAUUAAACGGUCUGUGAUUUUCGAUCACGUAACUAAAGAGUGGUUUAUUAUAUCGAUAAAUGAUACUUCAAAUUGGACAUCUACAAUGGCCAUUGAGUUGAAAAAUGUGACGCCUAUAAACAUUGACAACAUUCCAUUCAGUGUCAAAAAUCUUGCUCUACAAAAGGAUGCGGGUUCCAUCAAGUUUGAAUUGCCAUCACAUGACAUUUAUAAGGAGCAAUUUGCUAAAUGCCAAGAGUAUUUGCACUCAGGUAACUCCUACGAAUUGUGUUUGACAACCCAGCUGAAGAUAUAUCUUCCUUCGUAUAUCAAUGCGUGGGAUAUAUACAAAGUCCUCACACUUCGAAAGAACCCGUCUCCAUUUUCCUGCUUUAUUGACUUUGAUGAUUGCUGUUUACUUUCAUCAUCUCCAGAGAGGUUUCUUUCUUGGAAAGAUCAUGGUGCUGACAAAAUUGUAGAGUUGAGGCCAAUAAAGGGCACUGUGAGGAAUACUCCUGAUGUUGAUAUCACCAAAGCCACGGAAAUCCUCAAAACACCUAAAGAAAUGGGGGAAAACUUGAUGAUUGUUGACUUGAUAAGACAUGAUUUGUAUCAGUUUACGGAUAAUGUGAAGGUGUCACAAUUGAUGGCAGUAGAGGAAUAUAAAACUGUUUUUCAACUAGUCAGUGUUAUACAAGGUAUUCUUGAUAAACAAAGAGGAUUUCAUGGAAUCGACAUUUUGCAUAGGUCUCUACCUCCAGGUUCGAUGACAGGUGCACCAAAAAAGAGAUCCGUACAAUUGUUACAAGAUAUUGAAAGUAUGCAAAAUAAUUCCUUCCCCGGAGGUAGAAGAGGUAUAUACAGUGGUGUUGUAGGAUACUGGUCAAUCACUGAUGAUUCAGAUUGGAGUGUCAUUAUCAGAUCUGUUUUCCAUUACAAACGAGAUUUUGAAAAUACAAAAGAGAUUAGUCUCUGGCGGAUUGGUGCUGGAGGUGCUAUAACUGUAUUGAGUGAAGAAGUUGGAGAGUGGGAUGAAAUGAACUUGAAGUUAACUAGCGCUUUACUGGCUUUUAAAUAG